CACGGACAUCAGGAAGGCAAUAUGGCGGCCGCAGUAGUGAGGAGUCUCAGCUCCAGUUUGGCUAAAAACCUCCGAGAAAUCCGCAUCCACCUCUGCCAGAGCUCCACGGCCAGCAAGGGGGCCAGGGACUUUGUGGAGCAACACUAUGUGAGUCUGAAGAAAUCCAACCCGGACUUCCCGAUCCUGAUCAGAGAAUGUUCUGGAGUCCAGGCCAGAGUCUGGGCUAGAUACGAUUUCGGUAAAGAGAGCAGCGUCUCCGUGGACAACAUGUCAGCUGAUCAGGUGGCCAAAGCUCUGCAGACUCUGGUUCAGUCCAAACCCUAACACCCCCGUCUGCUGGAAGUGGUUCAGUCCAGGAUCGACUCGCUGCUUCUUUCAUUCACUUUGUAUGUAAAUGUGUUGAUAUGAAUAAACCUCAAUAUUAUUAUUGUCA